AUGCCCUGGCUCUUUCCGUUUUUGGUCUCGACCUCGCGAAUCCGCCUUACAAUUGCUUUUUCUCGAUUAUCUUUUUCCAAGCGAUGGCUGAGCUAGAUGCUUAACGUUCAAGGCUGACGCCGUCCCGAGAGAAAAAGCAAGCGCCGACUCCUCUCCCCCUCUCCCGUCUCCAUGAGAAGACCCUUCACCCCGUACCUGUCUCGUCGACACGUUGAUCAGAGUGGAAGACAGCAAGGUGUUACAGUGAUACAAGGGUGUUACGCCGACCGGAGCACGGCCGCCAUGAGAUGGUCUGUCCCCGUAUGUACGUCUCUCAGGGCUCAGUCAUCGAGCUCACUUCAGGUUCCGCGAAUGGGUGUUUCUGGACAGUCUCCCUUCUUUUUACUAGGGUAUUACCCCUCUCUGUCUGCACAUAAACUGGAAAUGACCACACUCUCAACUCUCACCUGUCAUCUACCGCCCCUGUCAUUAUUCUUCAGAACCCAGGGAGCCGGGCAUCUGGGCAUUGGAGGAGAACCCUCGUCGGUUUUCUCCACCACUGUCAUCCGUCAGGUCCAGGCCCAGUACCGGCAUGUUGUGCUUUCGUCUUAUAUCCAGCUCAUUGGACCAAGAUUUUUAGCCUCACUCGACUCUGCGGCUUACACCACUCCUGUUUCUUUCUUGCCCUCGUCUCCCGCUCGGUGGGGGGUGUGGCCGGGACAAUUUUCGGUGCUCCGUUUGCAAGGUCCUUUUUUCCACAUCGACGGAAUACUACAAUUGCGAGCCGCGAUAAGCAUCGAGCAGCGGUUGCUUUUCUUGCUCUCCUUUGCUUCCCACAGUGUGAGCCGGCAUAUUUUGGUCUGGACCUGGGAAACAGACGUCCAGCCUGGUUUUCUCUGAACUCUCAAAUAUUCUGAGCACUGUCCGAGUGGUAACAGAAAGGCCGACCAUCUUCGAAUUCCCGGUUGUUGUUGCCCUUCUCGGAACUCCACGUCUCGUUCCUGUCCCCUCCUCGGCCGGGCCAACAGACUUCUGCAACCUACGAGACUCAUGAAAUCUGGAACCUCUUUCCCCCUACCGUGAAUUCUCGUCCGACCAUCCCACAAUGUCCCGUCAUUGAGGUAACCUGGAACU